UUUCUGGUAGGCCUUCACCCGCCACCUUGGGUGAUAGUGGGGAGUGGAAACAAACAUUGCGUCUGAUAUUCGAUAUUCCGUGUACACGCCAGUCUACAUGUGUAUUUAAAACGGACACACCUGUCGGGCGGAUUAUCAGCGAGGCACAAGGCGGGAGGAGGAAAAAUCUUAGAUCUUUGAUGGAUCCUUCGGUGGUGGAGAGCCUACAAGCUCUGGAGCGGACAGCGGCUUGGGUAAACCAGGUGGCUCAGAUGCGGCAAAUGUGUAAUUUCCAAGAUUUGAAGGAGGACUCCACAGGAGACAGCAACCCUGACCGGGACGCCUGCAGUGACAAAGAUUUUGACGAUAUUCCGGACAGUUACGAGGGCCUUCAGACGACCUUUGACCGGGAUCCGUUUGAGUCCAGCGACUCCAGCCGUCAGGCCGAUGCUGGUUCAUCUGGGACCAUGGAUUAUGUGGAUAUCCCUGCUACGGUUCAGGAAUUUAAAGCUUCCUUGGAGAGUUCCGGAAUCUCCCAAAGGUUUGCUGCUAAGUUUAUCAUGGAUUCCACCAGUCAAGGAAAUCUAAGCUUUCUGCUGGAGAAAGGCAAGUCCAAGCACUGGUCAGAGCUAAGCGGUAGGGGGCGUCUGCCGUACAUACGAAUGAGACGUUGGUUAGACAGCCCCGAGGAACAGAGAAUCACGUUGAGUCAGCUCAGCAUGAGUAAAGGUACAGUAUACGAAUUCAAGAAGACUGGGCCUAAAGACAGUUGUGGAAGACGAGGAAAAUUUACCCUGUUCCAGCUGAUGGUGCUUUGUCGAUUCUUUGAAGAGGAUCAGAACCCCUCGCUUAACACACGAAUGCUGCUAGCAGAGAAGCUCCUUGUGUCACUAGAACGCAUUACAAUAUGGUUUCAAAACCAGCGAGCACGAGGAUUUCCAGCCAAACGUGUUCUAUGUCUGAUGAGCGUGGAUCGUCAGAAUGCAGAGAGUGAGAAGGCGGAAUUCGGAAGGAAAUAUCAGAACAUUCAAGACGAUAUUCAAAAGAGAACGCAGGCCUUAACUGGUGCUCUUCAAAGCAUGACCGGACACCAUAAUCAUAUUCCAAACCCCGUGAAUAGAGUCGAGAAUGGAUUUAACAAAAAUUUGGCUUGUGGAAAAACAAUUGCACCACAAGAUGUAUCCGGAGUGUUAAGUAAUAAGGACUUAUCCUCGGUUUCUGGGGCCGUGCGAUACCUGCCAACCUCACUACAACAGAAUCAACGCUACAAGCCCUAUGAUGUCCCUUCAAUGUGGGGAGGUGAUGAAAGAUACAAUAACUUUACAAAUUAUCUUCAUCACCAGAUCUCCAGUUCAUCAAAUGGCAAAAUUCAAAAUGUUGCCAUUCCUCAACAGGAUCAGUCAACUGCUGACAUUAAGAGGGAACCCGGGGAAAUAGCGAACGGUUUGUCCUCGGGAACAUGUUUGUCGGAAAAAGGAAAAGCUCCGCCAGAUCCCAGACCAACAUUUCUUGUGCAGAAUUUGGCCAACUCUCCUAGUGUUUUUAAUAGGCCAUACUCACAGAGUACUUACCCAGAAGAAAAAAUGGAACUAAAUGGCUUAUCACAGAGAGAAAGAAUGGUGAUGCCAAAAAUUUCUUCCCCCCAAGAAAAAGAGAUGUACACUUCAGUCAUGCAAAAAAUGGCUGAAACCGUGGAAACCGCAAUGGAUUAUAAUAGGUAUAGAAAUGGAAAUUCCAAUUCGUUUUUGAAUUACAGGGGCAAGUCUGAUGACCAAGAAUCUCGGAAAACUUUCGUCAAGACAGAGCCAAGAUCAGAGUUGGAAGACGACAGCUGUGUGAUGUCUUCCCAAUACAGGAACUCCUCAAUACAGGAAGAUGGCGCCAGCUGUACCGUGUCUUCUCAAUACAGGAACUCCUCAAUGACAGAAGAUGGCGCCACUUUCUUUCCUGCAGAAAAUAAUGUCACUGAUCAAGAGAUGAAUUUGGGAUCUGUCAAGACUGAAAAUAUUGAUAAUGAUAGUGCGAUGGACACAAACAGGACCUCGAUAAGACCAGUUAUAUAGAAUAGACAGGAAGAAAUGCAGUGUGCGAACAGACACCACAAUCUCAGAAAUAUCCAUGGAUUUCCUGACCAUGAACUGAGAAAUCUCAUAUUCCAAUCAAUUUGUUAAUCAAAAUUAAUCCAUGGUGCAUUAUCAUUUCUCAAUAUUUUGAUAUAUGCUGGCGUAAAGCAUUGCAGUUUAUGCCCUCGUGGGAUUUUCAAAAAUGUUAACGAUUGUAUAACCUGAGAAACAGAAAUUUUGACUGAAAGUCUGUUCUCAGUUUAUGGUCAGCAAGUCCUAAAUUUUGGAAACCAAAACCGUGUGAAGAGGUUGAUUGGGGAGUACAUAGUACCGGUUGUACUAACUUAGUACCGGUUGUACUAACUUCAGAAUGUGUUAUCCUUGAUUAUGAAAAUGGUUUGUGUUGUUAUAAUGUUAAUUUCCUUUAUAUCUGAAUCUAGAAUUGUACAUACUUGUAGCCUACACAGGAUGUUAAUUAAUUUUGUUAAUUCUACUUUAUAUCCCUUUCCCACAACCACUUCUAUGUAAAAUACCAUGAACAGAAAAAGUUUAUUGUUACACUAUCAACAUUUCAUGAAAAGGGAAUCUUGAUUAAAAUACAUAAGUAUUUACCAGUGUGCAAGAAACAAAACCUUUUCAGUUUAUAAACCAAGUAUGGAAAUAGAGUACUUUUGAUGCUAAUAUUAUUAAAGUGGAAUUCAAAAUUAUACACCAGGCAGUAUGAAUUAUAUACAAAUGUAUACUGAGGAUAUUAACAUGGUAAUGAUAGUUUAGAUGAAUUCAUGAAAUUUUCAAAGAACUAAUUAGCAUUAUUAAUUGAUUAGGUAUUAGUACUUGUGAUUAAUUGAUUAGUGUAUUUUGCCCGAGUACUAUUUAUAGUAUAUUGAUAAAUUUAGAUAAUUUGUCUAUUAAUAGUAUAUGGAUAAAUUUAGAUAAUUUGUCUAUUAAUAGUAUAUGGAUAAUUUAGACCAUGUGCUUGCUCUGGCAGGCCUGUGCUGGAGUUGAUAUUUAUACAGUAUUUAGGCAUUCUGAGGAACCAGUUCAGUUGUGAAAAGUUAUAUGUACAUGUGGUCAUUAAAAUUUGUAUAUAUGUACAGUGUUGGUGUACAAUAGGAGUGUACAUGUAUGUAACUGUGUAUUUAUGCUAAAUAAUUUAUUUAAAUUAUUAGGGUUUAUGCAACUCUUCACGGUUGUGCAUGUUAUUUUCAAGGGGUAAAUUUGUAAAUUGCAUAACAAACAAAUUUUAACACAGCAGAGAUAUUUUGUUUGAAUGUUAAAGAGAUAUUUAGUUUGAAAUUUUUUUUGUGUACAAAUAUAAGCAACUAGGUUGAGAAUUCAAGACAUAUGUUUAUCUAAAUUGGUAGACAUCAGGGCUUGAAAAUAACUUUUUAUGUUACCAGUUUCAGAAAUAAAUCAUGUUAUUAAAAUAAAUAACAGAAUUUAACUUGAUAUGCCUCAGACAAUGUUGUAACACGUAAGUGAGAUUUAUAUUUACUAAUCUGGUUCAUCUGUCACUGAUAUCUACAGAGGAAUGCCAAAUGUGUGUUUAAGAUUCCAUAAGUAUGUUUUCCAAAAUGACGUUUUAGAAAAUUGACCAAUCCUAUCGGACUGACUAAAACAAAUGUCAGUCCGCCAGACUUUUAACCAGUCACAGACUAAUGGGCAUUUGUUAAUUUCGAGCCCUGGACAUCCAGAUACUGAAACAUGCAUUUACACAACUACAAGAAAAAAUAUCGCAUUUUGGUAUUGCCUACAAAGCAUUACAAUGACACAUUGGGAUAUCUCCGUUUGUCACACUCCAGAACUUAGAAACUGAAAUAACAGAACUUUGAAUUUUAUCAUGUGUGUUCCUGGUGUGAAGGUCAUGUGAUGUAUACAAUUAUCACUGAUGACCUCACAUUAAUGCCCUCGCAUGCAUUUACCAUGGGACACUAUAUUUUUUUGAAGUUACAAUCAGUUAUGUUGUGUAGUUUACAAUUUCAUAUAAUUGCUAUAUACUGUGGUUAUGUCAAAUUCGUGGGCAUCAAAUUUCAUGAAAUGCUACUAUAUGUACAUAUACAUGUUCAUUUAUUAGCAAAAUAUUUACUGUACAGUGUACAGUGACUUUGUUGAUCACCUGAUUUUUGUAUAGUCUGACACCACCAAUAAAAAAAUGAUAUUCAAAAAAUUUACUUCCAAAUUUUGGCAUUUCAUGUGAAUGUGCAACCUUAAAUUAUUUGCAUCCAACCUAAUUUUUAAAAAUAUGCAAGUUUCUUCAGUCUUUCAUGAUUUCUUUUAAAUGAAAUUUAAAGGCAUCAAUGUGUUCCAGUUUUAAAGUGAAAGUACUCUAGUUGUGAGAAACAAUAUUCAUAUUUACCCUUGACCUGACCUUCUGUAGGUCAAAUGCAGUGUCAAUAGGUCAGUAUGGACUGUGUGCAAGGUUGUUCUACAAGUCUACAAAAUUUAGGCAGUUUCCAGGCCUAUAUUGAUCUUCAUCUCUUACAUUUGGUUAAAUCAAAACUUUAUCCAACACCAGUUGGAUAAAAGUAGUUCAUAUUGUUGCUGGCGUGGGAAUAAAUCUUCAGUAAUUAUUGCAAGAUAAAUGAGAUAUUUAUGAUAGUAAGAUGUAUGUUUCUUUUGUCCAACUUGUUGUAUAUAUUCACCAAGAAUAUCCUUUCGUCAAAUAUAAACAAUUUCACCUCAUAUGUAUAAAGCAAAUAUAAAAUUAAAUCGCAUUAUGUAAAUAUCUUCAAUUUACGAAAUGUUAUUUCUUGUUUUUGGUUUCAUUGAUGAAAUGAGUGCUAUUAGUAAGAAUAAUUCUUGCAAUGCUUUUGCCAAUGUUUUGUUAAUGUUUAUUUAUACGUUUAUCAGUAUUAGGGGACCAACAUUUCUUUUUCUAUGCAUAGUUAUAAGAAAUAUGUAUCUUUUAGUAGUCUGUGGUUUUGUUAGAAUAUACCAAAUUUAACAGUGUGAUAUUAGAAUUUUUUUUCAUACAAAUGUCUGUUUUUGUAUAUGACUUUUCGUAUUCUUUUCAUAUUUGUCCAUUUGACAAAUUGGAAAAGAAGAAAUGCAUACAAAAGCAUGCUGUCACAAAACUAAAUCAGCUCUAGCAUUGAUCUUGAUUAAUUGGCAGACCUUUUGCACUGCUUUUGAAUGUUUUUUCCCCUAGAAACUUGUGCAGUAAUUCUUGUGAAACAAAAUAAAAUCAAAAAUUUGAAA